CUUCAUAAUUUUCAAUAUUCGGAAUUCUAAGCAAAUUGCAGUGUGAAAUAGUUUCUCAAUUUCUUCUUUUAAUAGAAAUGAAAAUACUAUAAAUAUUUAAAAGAAAGGACUUCGCGCAAUGUGAUGACUGAUUCAAUUUCCUUGCCAUCGGCUUAAAUAAAAAAUCCUUGCGCUUUAUGUGAAGCUAGCAACUGAGCCAGUCUUUCUUGAUAAUUGCUAUUUCAACGUUGAGAUGAUGGUCAAGAACACGUGAAAUUGUGAAUGUAAAGACAAAUUGCUGAGUUGAAGUUAAACGAAAGGCUAAAAAGUUAUAAAGAAAGACUUUGGGCAAUGUGAUGACCGAUUCAAUUAAUCUUUGCCAUUGGCUUUUAUAAAAAGUCCUUGCGCUUUCUUCUCCAUGCCCAAGUCUUUAACCUUUCUCUUGAACUGAUCUUCAUCUAAACAAUUUCCAUUCUUAACUUUCUGCUCAAACUCAUUUGCUCACUCAUUCCAAAAACCUUUUCCCCUGCUUCCCACCUUGCUGCUUUUGCAUUUUUCUAAGCUGGUUUUAGUCCCCUUGUUUUGUUUUUCCCCUUUGUUUUUCUCUGGUUUCCUCAUUCAUAGCUACUGGACAUGAAGACGAGUCUGUCCAAGCCAUUUCUUGUCUUCUCUAUACCCAAAGCUUCAACCUUUCUCCUGAACUGAUCUUUCUCUAAAACAAUUUACUUUCUUAACUUUCUGCUCAAACUCAGUUGCUCAUUCAUUCGAAAAACCCUUUCCCCUACUUCCCACAUUGCUGCUUUUGCCUUUUUCUAACCUAGUUGUAGUCCCCUUGUUCUGUUUUCCUCUUUGUUUAUCUCUGGUUCCCUCAUUCAUAGCUGCUGGAUCGGAAGACAAGUCUGUCCAAACCAUUUCUUGUCUUUACCGAUAACUGAUUACAUAUAUUGCUUGCUGUCAAUUAUCUUUGUUGUCGAUUCCUCUCCUGUUGUCUUUGUUUUGUUCUUUUAUUUGCUUUGCUGGUCUGCUUGACACAAAGAAAAAAACCAAAAAAAUGGAAGCCAUCGCUACUGGAGCUGCAGCCAAUCUUUCUUCGGAUGCUGCGAAAGGCAUCUUCCAAGAAAUCAGACGUCAUAUAAGGUAUGUGAUCAUCUAUAAGAAGAAUGUUGAGAAGUUUGAGGAGAAAAUGAAGAUGCUGUUGGCGAAAAGAGAAAGUGUGCAGAAAGAUAUCGAAGCUGCAGAAAGGAACGUGGAGAAGAUAAAACCGGACGUCGAGCUUUGGUGCAGUAAUGUGGACAAGGUAUUCGAAGAGGCGAAAAGUGUGAAGGAUCUUCAAGACAAAGCAAAGAGCAAGUGCUUCAUUGGCUUGUGCCCCAACAUCAAGUCUCGCUACCAACUUAGCAGGAAAGCUGAAGAAGUUGUCGCAGCUUUUAAUGAACACCUUCAACAAGGUGAAUUCAACAGUGUUUCAUGCCCUGCUCCUCCUCCAGACAUAGUGGAUGCAACUCCUAAAGAUUUUGAGGCCUUUGAAUCAAGAGCGAAGGUAUUUAAAGACAUCAUGGAGGCAUUGAAAGAUGGUACUACCAACUUGAUAGGGGUGUAUGGGAUGGCUGGUGUGGGCAAAACCACGCUAGUCAAAGAAGUUUAUAGACAGGCCAAAGAAGACAAGUUAUUUGAUUCGGUGACUAUGGCAUUUGUGAAUCAGAGUACUCCUGACCUUCAAAAAGUUCAAGAUCAACUUGCAGCUUCAUUGGGUUUAAAAUUAGAAGGAAAGGAUGUGGUGGUUAGAGCAGCCCGAUUGCGCGAAAGAUUGAAGAAAGAGAAGAAGGUUCUUGUUAUUUUAGAUGAUAUUUGGAAGAAACUAGAUUUGAAUGAUGUGGGCAUUCCAUUUGGAGAUGAAAAUAAGGGAUGCAACAUAUUGCUCACUUCAAGAGAUCUAAAUGUUCUAAGGAAUGAGAUGGAUGCUCGCAAAAAUUUUGCAAUAUCUGUUUUGGAAGAUAAAGAAGCUUGGGACCUGUUUAAGAAGAUGGCUGGAGACGAUGCUGAAAGUCCUGAGUUGCGAUCGACAGCAAUUGAAGUAGCCAAAAAAUGUGCAGGACUGCCUGUCGCCAUUGCAACAGUUGCAAGGGCUUUAAGAAACAAAGGCUUAUUUGCGUGGAAUGAUGCUUUGAGAAAACUACAAAGGCCUUCCCCAACAAACUUCAAAGGAAUACCAGCACAUGUUUAUUCAGCCAUAGAGUUGAGUUACCACCAUUUGGAAAGAGAAGAACUCAAACAGACAUUCGUGCUUUGCGCGCUGCUAGGUCACAACGCUUUCAUUAGAGACUUGCUGAGAUAUACAAUUGGUUUGGGUUUAUUUCAUGGUGUCAACGGAGUGGAAGAAACAAGAGAUAGAUUGUUGACAGUGGUGAGUGAACUCAAAUCCUCUUGUUUGUUGCGUGAUAGUUACACAAAUGUGCGUGUUGAUAUGCAUGAUCUUAUUUGUGAUGUGGCCUUAGCAAUCGCUUAUAGGGACUACAACGUGUUUGCACUAAAAGACGAAGAUGAUCUGGAGGAUUGGCCUAAUGGAGAGACAAUGGAAAAAUGUACCAUGAUUAGUUUGAGAUAUGCUAAUAUUAGCUAUUUUCCCAAAGAGUUGAAGUGUCCGAAACUUGAUCUUUUUCUUCUGUAUAACGAGGAUCAUUCCGUGGAAUUGCCAAUCAACUUUUUUAAGGAAACACUAAAUCUUAAAGUUUUAGAUUUGACUGAUAUGCAAUUUCAGUCCUUACCUUCCUCAAUUAGUCUCCUAACAAACCUUCGGACAUUGUGCCUAGACCUAUGUAAUUUGGGAGAUAUUGCUGGGGUUGGUGAGCUAAAAAAUUUAGAAAUUCUUAGCCUUUUCGGUUCGUAUAUUGAAAUGCUACCUAAGGAAAUUGGGGAAUUGAUCAAAUUAAGGUUGUUAGAUCUCAGUGAUUGUACCAGACUGAAAAUAAUUCCAGCAGGGGUCAUAUCGAGUUUGUCUAGAUUGGAAGAAUUGUAUAUGGGCAACAGUUUUGUUCAAUGGGAAGUAGAGAGGCAGGCCAACCAACAAAGCAAUGCUAGUCUUGCUGAAUUGAAGCUUUUGUCUCGUCUGACCACUUUAGAUGUUCACAUUCCUGAUGCCAAGAUUAUGCCAGCGGACUUGUUCUGCAAGAAGUUGGAAAGAUACAAGAUUUUCAUAGGAAAAGAAUGGGAUUGGGUUGGUGAGUGUAAACACUCAAGGACAUUGAAACUCAAGUUAAAUACAAGUGUUGAUGAGUUAGAUCAUGGAUUCAAAAUGUUUCUAAAGAAAACUGAAGAUCUAUAUUUAGAUGACAUGAAAGGUGUCAAGAUUGCACUGCAUGAGUUGAUGGAUGAGGAAGGCUUUCAGCCGUUGAAGAAUCUCCAUAUCCAAAAUGGUUCGGAGAUCGAAUAUAUCAUUAGUGAUGAUGGUGCAGCUUAUAAAAAUGAAUUUCUUCAAUUGCGAUCCUUGACACUUCAUGGUCUACCACGGCUCAUUAGCUUUUGCUUUGAAAACGGAAGAGGCUCUAAUUCUUCAUGUCAAAAUCAGUUACCGCUUUUUAGUGAAAAGUUGGCGUUCCCUUGCUUGGAGAGCCUUCGGUUGUCCUCAAUCAAUGUUGAAAGGAUAUGGCACAACCGGUUUUCAAAUGUAUCUGACUAUGGCACUCAAAAUCUAACAAGUUUGACUAUUGAGGGUUGCGACAACUUGAAACAGCUAUUAUCAUCUUCUAUGGCCAGAAGUCUAACGCAUCUUGAAUGCUUUGAGAUAGUUGGAUGCAAAUGCUUAAGAGAAGUGAUAUUUGCAGAGGAUAUAGAAGAAGAAAACAAGGCUACGAUUUCAUUUCCUCAAUUAAACUCUCUAAAGAUAAAGAAGCUUCAACAUCUUAUUGGGUUUUGUUCAGAAAGUUAUAAUGUUGAAUUCCCAUCCUUGAAGCUUCUGGAGAUAGAGCAAUGUCCUCGGUUGCGGGGAUUCAUACAUAAAUCUACAGUGGAGGAUAACCAGCAUUUCUCUCCACAAGCUCUCUUCGAUGUAAAGGUUGCGUUCCCAAGUUUGAAGCAACUGAAUAUUUCUUGGUUGAGAAAUAUGAAGAUGAUAUGGCACAAUGAACUCUCUGUCAAUUCCUUUUGCAAAUUGGAAAAAAUGGCAGUUGUCGAUUGUAAUGAGCUCUUUACCAUUUUUCCAUUUGAUUUGUUGACUACAUUUCAACAACUGCAAACUCUACAAGUAUCUAGUUGUGGUUCUAUGGAACAUAUAUUUGAACUCCAAAGGUUGAAUGUGAAUGAAACACAUGUUGUGGCUACUCAACUAAGAGAAUUGUAUGUUUCUAAUCUACCAAAAUUGAAGAAUGUUUGGAACGAGGACCCCCAAGGAAUUUUAACAUUUCAAAAUCUAAAAGAAGUAGAGGUUAGGAAGUGUUGGAGUCUGAAGAAUGUUUUUCCAGCCUCAGUUGCCAGAGUUCUUCCACAACUUAAAGAUCUUACAGUAGAUGGUUGUGCAGUGGGGGAGAUUGUUUCAAAAGCGAAAGGAUGGGAAACGAGUGUAACUAAUUUUAAUUUUGAUCAAGUGUCCUCCCUUCAGCUAUGGAACCUGCCAAAACUCGAAUGUUUCUAUCCCGGGAUGCAUACAACGAAGUGGCCAAUGUUAAAAAAGUUGAAAACAAUGCACUGCAACAAACUGAAGAUACUUGACAUCGGUUGUCUUAAUUUGCCAGAUAUGAGUGAGGACGACCAAUUGGACUCCCCGAUCCAACCACCACUUUUCUUAGUUGAAAAGGUGGUUCCCAAAUUAGAAGAAAUGUCUUUGACCAGUGAUGACAUUGCAAUAAUAUGUGAUAGCAACGUUCCCGAAGGCCUUUUCCAUGAAAUAAAAGUUCUUUAUUUGCUCUGCUACCAUGAUAUAUCUGCUAUUUUUCCAACUACCUUUCUUGAAAGAUUCAAAAAUUUGGAAAAGCUUGAGAUUUGUUGUUGCAACUUUAAUGAUUUAUUCUCCUACGAAAGAGGUGUUGGCAAGGGGACAAAUGCUCUAACACUUUCGCCCUUUAGAAACUUAAGACUGUUUGGCCUUCAUCGUCUAAAACACAUGUGGAUGCAAGGGUCACGACUUGACUACAUUCUUCCCAAUCUAGAAACAAUUGAAGUUUUCCAAUGUGACAAUAUGAUUAGUUUAGGGCUGUCCUCAACACCUUUUCAAAAUCUCAUGACUUUGAAUGUUUGGGAGUGUGGAGCAAUGAUAAACUUAGUUACAUCCUUAGCAGUCCAAAGUUUGGUCCAACUAAAAAAUUUGAGGAUAAAAAACUGUCUUUCAAUGAAAGAAAUUGUUGGAAAUGAGAGAGAUGAUGAAGCAACCACUGACAUUAUUUUCAAUAGGUUGGAAUGUUUGGAGCUUCGACAUUUACCAAGCCUUAAAAGCUUUUGUUCUGGCGAUCACACAUUUGGAUUCCCAUCUUUGGACCAAGUAAUAGUGAGCCACUGUCCUGAAUUGGAGAUCUUUUGCAAGGGAGAUUUAAAUACACCAAUUUUGCAGAGAGUACAAGUAAUUAGAGGUGAAGAUGAGCAGGUACAUUGGGAUGGUGACCUUAAUAUUACCGUCCAACAGUUGUACACAAAAAAGGGUAACUAUGAAGGAAUAGAGUGUCUGGUGCUCUCUGACACUUCUAAGGCAAUACAGAUAUGGAGGGAUAAUCUUCAAAAAAGUUUAAAUUUAAAAAAUCUUAAACUUUUGGAAGUUUGUGGAUGUAAUAGCUUGAAAUACAUAUUCACCACUUCCAUGGCUUUUGAUCUUCUGCAUUUGAAGGUUAUGAAGGUAAGAAAUUGUGUGAUGAUGGAGCAAAUUAUCAUAAAUGAUGGAGCAGAGAAAGCAACAACAAACACAAUCAUGUUCCCUUCCCUUGAAUCCAUAAUUCUUGAGUCAUGUUCAAACUUAAGAAGUUUUUAUUUGGGGCAUGAUACAGUGGAAUAUCCAAGUUUGACAAUACUUAAAGUAGAAGAUUGUCCAAAGAUGGUUGCAUUCACAACUUCGUCUCCAAGGGAGCAGAAUAUAAAGACUAUUGGUAUUGCACCAUUUUUCAGUGAUAAGGUUAGUUUUGUUUAUACAUAUGGCUCUCUACAUAGCAAAUGA